GGAGAGAGAGAAAAACUUUUGUAGAUUCUUGUGCUGGUGCUUUGAGGCAAAAAGUUUAGGGUUUAGCUUGUCUUUGUUAUACACUUUAUUUAAUGUAUUGGAAAAAAGUGACUUGGAAAAGAAAGCCACAUCUUUGACAUGAAAAGAGAGCAAUAACAAGGAAAAGAUUUGCAGCUUGGAGAAUCUCAAUAGAUAUUGCCUUCGAAGAUAACAUGAUGGAAGGAAUCAAAGGAGGAGGAAGGGUUGGUGUUGGUGAAGAAGAUAUGGGAGAUGGCAUGCAGUGCAGUGAUCAUCCUUAUAGAAACAACCCUGGUGGGAUCUGUGCAUUUUGCCUUCAAGAAAAGCUAGGGAAGUUGGUUUCUUCUUCUUUUCCUUUGCCUAUUCGUGGGUCAUCAUCAUCUUCUUCUUCUUCUCCUUCUUUUAGAUCUGAUACUGGUGCCGUUGGUGCUAGUUGUGGCAAUGGUGUUGUUGGUACUUCUUCUACUUCGCUUUCUCUUUCUCUGCCUGUCCGUCCAACACCAACAAAAAGUAGGAAUGAUAAUGGCAAUAAUAGUCAUUAUCAAGAAUAUUAUACAAGGCGGGCCAGGAUCCCGUUCCUUUCGGCAAAGAAGAAGAAGAAGAUCAUGGUGGCAUCAUCAGACCAUCAUGCUGCUGCUGAUAUCGUUUUUAAGAGAAGCAAGUCCACUACAACUCCUAGGAGAGGCCGUUUCUUGGAUGCUUCCGUGGAUGAUCGUGAGGACUCUAGCCCCAGGAAGAGAAGUGGCUUCUGGUCAUUUCUUUAUCUUUCUUCCAAGUCCCAUAGUACCAAAAAGCUAGAAAAAAUUGCUUCUUUAGCAGCACCGGUAGUAGCUGCAACAACAGCAACGACAGCAAGAGCAACAACAACAACAACACCAGCAGGAGCUGCAGCCAGUAGUUCUGUUGUGAAGCCAAAGGAGAAAUGCUUGGGAUCAUCAUUGUCCAAGAGAGGAGGCAUUGUGGUCGUGGAGGAUGAUGAUAGUCCUAAUAGUCAAGCUACUCCCUCUGCGUCAUCAUUUGAGCGCAAGGUUUCAAGAUCCAGAUCUGUUGGUUGUGGAAGCAGGAGUUUCUCUGGUGAUUUCUUUGAAAGAAUCUCAACUGGGUUUGGAGAUUGCACUCUUAGAAGAGUGGAGUCACAAAGGGAAGGCAAACCAAAAGUUGCUGCCUCAUCAUCUGCAAUGAAAGAAAGGGUUAAGUGCGGUGGCAUUUUUGGUGGUUUCAUCAUAACCUCUUCUUCGUCAUCCUCAUCCUCAUCUUCUUACUGGGUGUCGUCUUCAGCUGAGGAUGUCAAUGGGAAAUCAACGGCAGGGACUCUUGUUCAUGGUAGGAGUAAGAGUUGGGGUUGGGCUUUUGCCAGCCCCAUGAGAGCUUUCAGCAAGCCUUCUUCUAAAGAUGGUAAGAGAGAUACCAUCAUUAGAGAAUCAAACAGCAAGAACACAACUCCCAAUCUGGCAGCAAUUCCUUCCUUGUUGGCUGUUAGAGGCUAAAGAGAAGAACUUGGUGGUGGCUCUUGAUUUCGGUUAAUACACAUUACAUUUGGUUACCUGCUUAUUUCUGUGUUUAUGAUCUUUCUUGGACUCCAUUCCAUUAGUAAUGUUACACUCUUUUUCUUUCUUAA